UCAAAGAAGCAGGGCAUUUCCGGUUCCGCCUACACUUUCCCAUCAGUUGCAUCAUUUCCCCCAACACCGCUACUCCUUUUCGACUUGCCGGCGACACCAGCAUAUGCCAUGGUGGAACCAGUGCCUGAAUCCAUCAACUUCCCCUUGGAGGAAGACAAGGUCCUCAAGUUCUGGAAGGAGAAGGACUGCUUUCAGGAGUGUCUGAAGCAAUCCAAGAACCGACCCAAAUACACCUUCUAUGAUGGGCCUCCAUUUGCCACUGGUCUCCCCCACUAUGGCCACAUCCUGGCCGGCACCAUUAAGGACAUUGUCACCAGGUUCGCACAUCAGAGCGGCUUCCAUGUAGACCGCAGAUUCGGCUGGGAUUGCCACGGACUGCCUGUGGAAUAUGAGAUUGAUAAGACCUUGGGCAUCAAGGGGCCUGAGGACGUGGCCAAGAUGGGCAUCGCCGAAUACAACAAGCAGUGCAGGAACAUCGUCAUGAGAUACUCCAACGAAUGGGAGAUAUCUGUAACACGAAUGGGCCGAUGGAUUGACUUCAAGAAUGACUACAAGACCCUCUAUCCAUGGUUUAUGGAGACAGUCUGGUGGGUGUUUAAGCAGCUCUAUGACAAAGGCAUGGUCUACAGAGGAGUGAAGGUCAUGCCGUUCUCCACCGCCUGCAACACUCCACUGUCCAACUUCGAGUCCCACCAGAACUACAAGGAUGUCCAGGACCCAUCUGUCAUCGUCAACUUCCCAUUGGUGGAGGAGGAUGCGGUCAGCCUCAUCGCCUGGACGACCACCCCCUGGACCCUGCCUAGCAACCUGGCCCUCUGCGUCAACCCUGAGUUCAUCUAUGUCAAGGUCAAAGAUAACGCCACUGGGAAGAUCUACAUCAUGAUGGAGGCUCGCCUCGUGGCCCUCUUCAAGACUGAGGCCGAGUACACCCUGCUGGACAAGUUCCCUGGUAAGACCCUGAAGGGGAAGCGCUACAAGCCCCUCUUCGACUACUUCAGCAGGUGUAAGGAGAGUGGAGCCUUCCAGGUGGUGUUGGAUAACUAUGUGCGAGAGGAGGAGGGUACGGGUGUGGUCCACCAGGCUCCAUACUUUGGCGCUGACGAUUACCGCGUCUGCAUGGACUAUGACAUCAUCCAGAGAGACGCCGCCCCGAUCUGCCCCGUGGACGCCUCUGGCUGCUUCACUGCCGAGGUCACAGACUUUGUCGGCCAGUAUGUCAAGGACGCUGACAAAAACAUCAUCAAGUGGCUGAAGGAGAAGGGACGUCUCGUGAACGCCAGCUCCUUCAAGCAUAGUUACCCAUUCUGCUGGAGGUCGGACACGCCGUUGAUCUACAAGGCAGUGCCCAGCUGGUUUGUGCGUGUUGAGCACAUGGUGGACAAACUCCUGGACAACAACAGCAAAUGCUACUGGGUGCCGGAGUUUGUGCGGGAGAAGCGCUUCGGAAACUGGCUGCGUGACGCUCGUGACUGGGCCAUCUCUCGUAACCGCUACUGGGGUACCCCCAUCCCACUCUGGGUCAGCGACGACUUCGAGGAGGUUGUUUGUGUGGGCUCCAUGGCAGAGCUGGAGGAGUUGAGUGGAGUGAAAGUAACUGAUCUGCAUCGGGAGAGCAUUGACGGCCUGACCAUCCCGUCGCGCUGUGGCAAGGGGCAGCUGAGGCGAGUGACUGAGGUGUUUGACUGCUGGUUCGAGAGUGGCAGCAUGCCCUACGCCCAGGCCCACUACCCCUUCGAGAACCGACGGGAGUUUGAGGACACCUUCCCUGCCGACUUCAUCGCAGAGGGCAUUGACCAGACCAGAGGAUGGUUUUACACCUUGUUGGUGCUGUCCACUGCCCUGUUUGGCAGACCGCCCUUCAAAAAUGUGAUCGUGAACGGACUGGUGCUGGCCAGUGACGGACAGAAGAUGAGCAAGAGGAAGAAGAACUACCCCGACCCCGGCGUCAUCGUGCAGAGCUACGGCGCUGACGCACUGAGACUGUAUCUGAUCAACUCUCCGGUGGUGCGUGCUGAGAACCUGCGCUUCAAGGAGGAGGGGGUGAGGGACGUGCUGAAGGAUGUCUUCCUGCCCUGGUACAACGCCUACCGCUUCCUGGUGCAGAACGUGCAGAGGCUGCAAAAGGAGGAAGGCAUCCAGUUCCUCUACAACGAGAACACUGCCAAGAUCAGUGAGAACAUCAUGGACAAGUGGAUCCAGUCCUUCACCCAGUCUCUCAUCCAGUUCUUCAAGGCUGAGAUGGAUGGGUACCGGCUGUACACAGUGGUUCCCAGGCUGGUGAAGUUUGUGGACAUGCUCACCAACUGGUACGUGAGGACCAAUCGCAGGCGCCUGAAGGGUGAGAGUGGGACGGAGGACUGCCUGUGGGCGUUGGAGACUCUCUUCAGCGUGCUCUUCUCCAUGUGCCGACUGAUGGCUCCCUUCACCCCUUUCAUCACGGAGAUGAUGUACCAGAACCUGAGACAUCUUAUCGACCCCUCGUCUGUGGAGGAGAAGGACAGCAGCAGCAUCCACUACCUCAUGCUGCCCCAUGUCAGGGAGUCAUUGAUUGACAAGCGCAUCGAGAGCGCUGUCUCCCAGAUGCAGUCCGUCAUUGAGCUGGGCCGCGUCAUCCGAGAUAGGAAAACCAUGCCUGUGAAGUACCCCUUGAAGGAAGUGGUGGUGAUCCACCAGGACUCUGAAGCUCUCCAAGACAUCAAGUCCCUGCAGAAAUACAUCCUGGAGGAGCUGAACGUGCGCCAGCUGACACUGUCCACCGACAAGGACAAGUAUGGCAUCCGUCUGCGGGCAGAGCCGGACCACAUGGUGCUGGGCAAACGUCUGAAGGGGGCCUUCAAGUCCAUCACCGCCUCAAUCAAGGAGCUCAAGAGCGAGCAGCUGGAGGCCUUUCAGAAGACAGGCUCCAUUGUGGUAGAUGGCCAUGAGCUGCAUGAGGAGGAUCUGCGUCUGAUGUACACCUUCGACCAGACGUCCGGCUCGGCCACCCAGUAUGAGGCCCACUCGGACGCCCAGGUGCUGGUGCUGCUGGAUGUGACUCCAGACCAGUCCAUGGUGGACGAGGGGGUCGCCCGCGAGGUCAUCAACCGCAUUCAGAAACUACGUAAAAAGGGCCACCUGGUCCCCUCUGAUGAGAUCACGGUGUACUACAGCUGCAAGCCUCAGGCAGACUACCUGGACAAAGUCAUCCAGGCCCACACAGACUUCAUCCUGGCCACCACCAAGGCCCCCAUGAAGCCAUACCCUGUACCCAACACUGCCAGCGUCAUUGUGCAGGAGAUCACUCAGUUGAAGGGCACAGAUCUGGACCUGACCAUAGUGAAGGGAGCGGCUGUGUGCAAGGCGCCCAUCAAUGGUCCUGCCUGCUCCUACGUCAACCUCCGGCUGCAGCUGGGUAACAAGGAGCAAGAGGGAGUAGUUCUGUUGGAGAACCCCAAGGGAGACAACAAGCUGAGUCCUGAGCGGCUGAAGCUGGUGUGCCAGAGUCUGUUCGGCCAGAACAACGCCAACCUCACACUCACCAGUGGGGGACGCGAGUUAAGUGUGAAGAGCGAUGUGUCUGCGCUGGCUGGGCAAACCCUGCUGCUGUCGUCCAACGGUGUCUCCAGCGCCGCUCCCUCCUCCAGCACACUGGCCUGCCCCUACGUCAACCUCCAGCUCUGCAACGCACAGCCUGCAGAAUGCCAGAGUGGCGACGUGGCAACGCUACUGCUGGCCAAUCCGGUGGGGCAGAACGUCCUGACGCACGGCAGCCUGCUGACCGAGACCGGCAAAGUGUUUGGCCUCCGCAGCCGCAGACUGAAGCUGUACCUGGACCAGGACCUCACACAAGAACUCACAGACCACUGUCCUAUGAAGACCUUGAACAACAAGACCCUGUUUGUCCGAGUGCUACCAACAACAGCAGAAGCUUGAACCCGAGAACGACCUGAGAACUUCAUAUUCCUGAAAAUGUCCACCUUCAAUGAUAAGAAUGCGGUAGCAACACUACCAACCUGUGAAAGAACGGUGUGGAAAUGUGGCCAUCGUCAACAUUAAGAAUACUGUACAAUUUGUACCUACUUGUGAAAGACCAAUAUGGAAACACUCUGCUAGGACUUCAAUACACCAGAUGAGAAAGGGACUUCGCUCCAGGGUUCACCGUCACGCCUGGAUAAUGGUCAAGCCUAUCCCCCAUACCUUUAUGAGGGAGAAGGGCUCUGUUUUUAGGAGUGUGGUAGAAUGACAUGACAUCUGAAAAAUAAAGUUACAAAUAAAUAAGUAAAUGAAUAAACCUGCCUUUGUGGGCAAGAACGACAGGAUGCAAUUUCACAAUUCAAGCUCACAUACUAGCUGCAACACAGUUGUAUUUGUAGAUCAACGUGGAAGGUUGUGUGCUGUACAGUGCAUAUGUCCUUCUUGUUUCCUUUUCCUAGACAGAAUAGCUUCCUCAGGACUUCUAUCUUACAAAGCACAUGAGCAGACUAAUCUCUCUCUGUGAGCCGACAAAAAUGUGUGGAACAUGUAAUUGUGCAGAGACAUGCAAAUGAAUAAACACCUUUGUCAGCC